AGCGCCAUCUAGAGUCGCAGAAAACGAUGACUGCCUGCCACACAAAUCGUUUUAGGACGGGCGCAUCAAGCCAAAUUUAGUUGAAGGUUUACCUAACUUUUGGCUCAAAGCCUCAUACUGCAUGCUAGUGCUGGUCUAUGCGAACUCCCAUGACUGUGGACAGUUAGCGUGUUUGUGGUAGGUUUACUCACGAGUAGUUUUUUAUAGUGUCAGUACUAGGAGCGAUUCAAGCUAAAUACGUUAGCAGCUGAAAAUUAUAGCUAGCUAGUGUCAAUUGGGUUUCAAGUUAUUGCCGUGCAAACUAACGAAUGCCCUGUUUAAUGUGGCUUGACAACAGAAUCGCGAAAUCUAUUUGCGGGCUAUACAGUAGUGGGAAAGUUUCGUUCACGCCUAGAAAUCAUGGCGUCGGUUCAGUUUAAUUAACUUUGGGCUGUCAACAGCGUGCUGACGUUAGCUGUCCUGGCUAACCAGCCAGCUCUCCAACAACUACAAUGGCCAAAACAGAAAACGGUCGUCAGUCAGUGGACACGCGGAGCAUAAGGACUAUAAGCAGCAGUAGCCACAUUGACGACGAAAGCUCAUUGGGAUCCGACUCUGAAAUCAACGGCUUCACCAGCGACAAGCAGACGGACAAAUACGGCUUUAUCGGCGGGGCACAGCAGCACUCGGUGGAAUCAGCUCAGGAUGUGCCGAUGGAGGUGCUCAGGCAGAGGGAGGUGAAGUGGCUGGACAUGCUCAGCCACUGGGACAAAUGGAUGAACAAAAGAUUCAAUAAGGUGAGGCUGCGCUGCCAGAAAGGAAUCCCUCCAGCCCUACGAGGCCGUGCGUGGCUCUACUUAUCAGGCGGGAAGGUGAAGAAGGAGCAGAACCACGGAAAGUUUCAGGAGCUGGACAGUCAGCCAGGGGAACCCAAAUGGAUCGAUGUGAUCGAGAAAGACCUUCAUCGGCAGUUUCCGUUUCAUGAGAUGUUUGUGUCGCGGGGAGGACACGGGCAGCAGGACCUGUUCCGUGUUCUGAAGGCCUACACUCUCUACAAACCGGAGGAGGGGUACUGUCAGGCCCAGGCUCCUAUUGCUGCUGUGUUGCUCAUGCACAUGCCUGCUGAGGAUGCUUUCUGGGGUCUAGUCCAAAUCUGUGAGAAGUAUCUUCCUGGUUACUACAGUCCAGGCCUGGAAGCGAUUCAGUUGGACGGCGAGAUUCUGUUUGCUUUGCUGCGUCGCAUUUCCCCUCUUGCUUUCAGACAUUUGGAGAAAUACAAGAUUGACCCCAUCCUCUACAUGACCGAGUGGUUCAUGUGUGCCUUCUCCAGAACCCUGCCGUGGGCAUCAGUUCUGCGCGUGUGGGACAUGUUCCUCUGUGAUGGAGUCAAAAUAAUUUUCCGUGUGGGUCUGGUGCUGCUCAAAUGCAUGUUGGGGACGCGUGAGAAGCUGAAGGCGUGUCAGGGCAUGUAUGAGACUAUGGAGCUUCUCAGAGCCUUAGAUCAGCGGUACAUGCAGGAGACCGUCCUCGUGCGAGAGAUUCUUGAAGUCCCGGUGACGGCACGAGACGUGGAAAGAGAGCAUCACUCUCAGCUGAAGCGCUGGAAGAAGAACCGCGGAGAAAUCAAUUUUAAAUCGCCUCCGAGGAUGCACGGCGCUCGCAUCAUCAUGUUGGCUGAGCCCCCCAGGCGCCAGGACCUGCAGCAGAACCCCACUAUUAUUCUCGAGGUGCCUGAACCUCAACCAGAGCUGAGGAAAGGCAAGGAGGAGAGGAAGAGCAAGAAGAAAAGCAAGAAACCUCAGCUCCCAGAGGAGAUACCUAAUCCGUACCCUCUUCCCACUGACCCCUCUCCUCCUCCACCGCCGUUGGAUCCACCUGCCCCACCUUCAGCAAACAAUGUGAUGCCGGAGGGGGUGCCACAAACUGAAACGGACUCACCUCACCAGCAGAAAGAGCCUCCUACAGAGCCUCCUACUGCCACAGAAGCAGCACUUCAGCAAUCCACACAAAGCCUUAGCAGCACAGAGCUGGAUACUUACCUGUAGCUUUGUAGAGGUAUGGGUGUGUUUGUGUGUGCACGUGUGUGUGUGUAUGUAGACAAAGCACCAGCACGUUACAGUCAGGAAGUAGCCAGCUUCACCAAAGUCUCUUGACUGGCUAACAUCACUAUUCUUUUUUUGUACAAUUUUGUAUUUAGAUAAAAAUGCUGCCUUGGACGCCUUUAGCUCACACUAAAGCAUCAUUCCUGUGCAAAUAUUUGCUUGGAAUGGUUUUUGUCAGCAUGAAACUGCUGCUCCGUCUAGAAGCUUUGACAGACCACAGGACUCAGUAUUCUGAUUGCAAAGGAGACGAGACUUUGAGCCUCGGGACUAUUUAUAGGUCAAAAAGACAUUCGGCAACGUAAACAGUUUUCUUUAUCCUCUCUCUAGUCGAAACGAUGGAAUUACCCAGCCAUGCUGUGCAGCUGGAGAUGAGCGACUAAACCGAAAUACUUUUGACGCCAUUGCAGCUCAUUAGGGGGUUUGUUCACUAGAGGGCAGUCUUGCACAAAAUACAGCUUAGCAACAGUCACUCAAGCAAUCUCAGGCUGAAUUUUUCUGGUAAGAAAAUAUUAGAUUACAAAAAAAACAAAAAAUUUUAACCAGCUGCUUUUUUAUUAUUAUUGUUUAGCUCACAAUGUCUUAAUCAUACACUUUUAGUAUUCCCUGCUUCAGCACGGCCUUAUUUCUAAGUGGAGCUGUUGGUUGAGUUUCUCACCGUGCCAUGCACUUCCUUUCACGUUCCAGCUGCAGUUAUUGUUGAGAGAACAACACUGGACAUUCCCCAAUGUAGGACACAUUCCUGCCCGUUCAAAAACCGCAUCUUGCCAAAUGAAAAAUCUUUCAUGCAAAUGCUUCCCGUCCAAAUUGGACGACCAAUCAUUGCCAAUCGCUUAAUGGUGCUAGCCUCGUUGACAUUUCAUGAGAAUCAUUCUGGUGGUAUGGCUGUUCUUGCUAGAAUUUCCAAAGCAAAUCAAGACUGUUGUUUAAAAUAAAAACAAAAUUAAAAACAGGUUUUAUUCCAUGUGCAUGCUGCACACAGGGACACAAGGGUUUCUAGCAUUUUAGCUUUAAGUGGGGGAAUUGUUGCAUUUUCCUUUAUAAAUAACGGGAUACUUUAAGAUUUGUUCAGCUUUUUUGUCUUAUUUCCUUUCUCAACUUUUCAAAAUCAUGAACUAUCAUCGCAAUGAUAAAGGGAGUUUUAAAGAUAUAUGUGCGCAUUCAUGUGGGAUAUGUUUCUGAGGCACAGCGUUGAAAAGUGUGUUGCAAAAGUCCGUGCAGGUCUAAUAAAAACACAGAUGGACUUUAAAAAAAAAAAAGAAAAGCAAUUUUACAGUUGCACAUGUAUGCAGUUGUCCUGAAAGCUUAUGUUGAACUUCUGACAGUUCUUUUAUGUUACAUUUCAACUUAACCUUUCUUGUAGAUAUGACUCCUCAAAAUGUCAUAUGAUUUUUUUUUAUUGUACAUUGCUAAAUUUUAUUUAACAUUUUUAAACAGCAGAGGAAGGUUUUCUGAACGACUCGUGGUCUCGGACAGCUCAUUUUGGAUCAACCUUUGUUGCACAGAAAAAGUCCAUAUGGAGUUUUGGUUCUAUCAAAUUUUUAUUCUUCAGUUUUCUCUGCUUGAUUUUAUUUACCAUUUACAUUAAUGUUAUACAGGAGAUGUUUGACAACCACAAGGCUUGAGUUUUAUUGUUACAAAUAAAGUUGUGGUUACAUGCAGACUA